UCGCCGUCGCCGGUGAAUUUCGAGACCUAGCACCGUCGUGGAUUUAACGAAUCAUGCUUCUCGGCGAGAAUUGUGUUCACGAGACAUACUACGAGCUUCUCUCCGUGAAAGAAGACGCGAGCUAUGAAGAGAUCCGUAAUAGCUAUCGUUCUGCGAUUCUCCACUCUCAUCCAGAUAAGCUUCUCAACAGUUCUCGAUGUAGCUCAGACGAUGAGAAGUUUCUGAAAAUUCAAAAAGCUUGGGAAGUUUUAAGCGAUGCGGAGCUACGUGUGGUUUACGAUAAUGAUCUUAGAUCUUCAAGACAUGAUGGGAUUGUUGCUGAUGAGAUUAGUAUUGAGGAUAUGUCAGUUGAGAUGGCUGGUGAAGAUAGUGAAGUUAUUGAGCUUUUUUAUCAGUGUAGAUGUGGUGAUUACUUUUUUGUUGAUUCUACUGAGUUAGGAACAAUGGGGUUUGGAUUGUUGAGAGAUGGUGGUUGUGUUCAAGUUAGGAAAUUGGAUGCUUUUGUGGCGUCUGUUGUUCUUCCUUGUGGUUCUUGUUCUUUGAAAACCCGAGUUUGGGUUGAUUCGGAUAUGAAGAUUCCGAUUCAGGAUGAUCAGUUGUGAGCAAUGUGGUGAUAUGGGUUGGUACAGAAUUGAGGAAUCUCAAUGCAAGAUGAGGUCUUUAGACUAGAGUGAUCGUUAUGGUCAGGUUUGGACAGGAGGAGGUCUGCUUGUGGAUGGCUAUAUGUGAUUGUGUGGAUAGAUUCAUGGAGGUGGUUUCUUGUGACCAAUGUGAUCUUGGUUGGUUCAGAUUAGGAAAUUUUCCUGCAAGAUUUUUUCUGAUUGUGACUUUUGUACUCAAUUGUUAUACUUGUUGAAGAAUAUUCAGUUCUAUAAGAAUUUUAAUUAUAAUGGAAUACAAAGGGCUCUUUGGUUUUGCUA